AAGCCUUUUGUACACAUCCCAAAGUGUUUUAGUAACUCAACCUCAGCAUAAAUGUCUUGAAAGAAAGGAAAUACACAAAAAGAAAUACAAAAAAGGAGAAGAGAGCCAAAAGGGGGGUGGGACACUAGAAAAGAACAUAGAUGCACACCGAAAAGCAGAAGAGACGCAAAGACUGACGAAAGCCGAGAGAUAACAAGAUGCAAGCAAACGACAGAAGAAGAAAGGCAGGACAAGAGAGAGACAGAGAAAACAAAGUUCAGCGCAUGGUGAGAAAGACAGAAACAGAGACAGAGAGAGAUAAGGACAGGCAAAGAGACGGAAAGAGAGACAGAGAGAUGGAGGAGGGGGGCAGAGAGAUAAAGAUAGCUGAAAGGAGGGAGAUCCGUCAGCGUUUGUUUCCUCAGGAUGUGGUUACCACGACGACGAAAAGGCAAAGAGGCAACAUCACUACCCGCUGGUCCCCUCUGACACCUGCAAGUGUGUGUCUGUGAGAGUGUGAAAGUCAGAAUGUGUGUGGGCAUAUGUACAUGUACGUGUGUUUCAGUGAGUAAUUGAGUGAGUAAACGAGUGUGUGUGUGUGUGUGUGUGUGUGUGUGUGUGUGUGUGUGUGUGUGUGUGUGUGUGUGUGUGUGUUUGAAAAAGACAGUGUAUGUGGUCUGUGAGUUGUUGUGUGUGUCCAUUUUGCUUUAGGUAUGUGCGACAGAGUGUGUGUGUGCUGUCAAAGGAUACACAGCAAAGAGAGAGAGAUAGAGAGAGAGAGAGAGCGACAGAUAGGAAGGACUAUGUGAGACGAGGCUGAAAAUCUGAAGGACAAAAGAGCAAAAAAAGUCAGAGAGAACAAUGAAGAAAAUCAGAAGAACAACCAGGACCCAAAAACGUGAACAACAGAGGACAAACAAAUGUGAAAAGGAAAUUAAGCGCCAAGGACUGGUAAAAAAAAACAACCUCAAAACGCACUCUAGCUACACCCAGCGAGCCAUCAUGGAGGACCGUUCAUCCACCCAAUCCUUCCCGAACCACCACCACCAUUGCCAUCACCCAUCCUUUCACCUCACUUUGCCCGGCCUUCAAAGCCCCGAAGUGGGAUACCCAUCCUCUCAGUCUGCCCUGGACCCCCAGGAUCAAUAUGGAAGUAGAGGGGAAGAAUCCACAACCUCCUUCCCAAAUUCAAGCACCUCUUCUGGGGGACGGCGGGGGAGCUGUGGAGGUGACAGAGGCUUGCUAAACACAAGUGGCAGCGGUUUGGAUGGAGAUGCUAACUUGGGAGGCCAACUUGAUGGAGAAAGCGGGUUGGGCAGCCAUUUUGCUGACACUUGGUAUGGCAAAAAAGAGGAAGUUUGGGAGGAUGGGGAGAGUUGCGAAAGCCCUGCAGACGAUUAUUAUAGUAAAGAUUGCUACAGUAACGUUAACGCUAAUGAUGAUUACACCAUGAAUUGUGGCAAUGAGGAAGGACUCAGGCGUAAACUCAGAGCAAACUAUAACAAUUAUGCCCAUGUUAGCUGUGAAACUAAAAAUGAAACAGUUUACAAUAGGGAGGCUAAUGUUAGCCACUUUACUAAACAAAUGACUUCCUACAACAGAAGUGUGGCAGGGAGCUUUCAUGACAGCAGUGUAGAUUAUUGUAGGACCGAUUCAAGAGUGAGUGAUAAUUAUUUAGGAAGAGAAGAAGAUUAUGGGUCCAGCUGUGGCUCAGGUGAGGAUCAGCUUCAACCUGCAGAGGUUGAGGGAUCCUGGCUCAGCAGUGUCUCUCCCUCGAGUCAGACUGGAGAGGGCAGGUGGAGAGGAACAGCAGACAACCUAACUUUGGCCUCAGGGUGCCUACCACAGAGAUCACCUAUCAACAUCAGCAGCGGUGCGUACACUCAGAAACUGGAUUCCUUCUCUGAGGCGUUCCUCUCCCAGCGAAAGAGAAGAUUCCCUGUGAUUCCCAGUGGGGAUUCCUCUGGACAGAUUUGGGAAUUUGGAGUAAGGAGAGGAGAAAGCCCUGGAUUGGUCAAGUCAAGGCAUAGCUGUGCUUUUGAUUCAGACUCCUACCUGCCUCCCUCCUCCUCUUCUUCACCCGCUCACCCCUCUCUGCCGUCUUUCCCCUCUCCUCCCACAUCGUCUCACCUCAUGUCUUCAGUUCUUAGUCCUCCUCCCACACCUCUUCCAGCUCCCUCUCACUCUCCCUCCAAAAUGGACUCUCCCAUUGCAUUCGGGGGCACCGGACAUUCAGUGUCCCAGGGGGGAGAAUCACUUGGUACACUCCAGUUUUUCGCUUCCCGCCUUCAGUCUCUCCCAUCUGUCCAUUCCUCUGGGAUGAUAUGGAAGUUUCCACUGCUGUCACAUUGCUUGCCACAGUUGUCAGACGACCCCAGCAACAUCAAGAGCAACCUGAGAUCUUCUCAUGGUAGUGACUAUGGCAACACCACAGCCUCACACGACAUCCUUCAGUCUCCAGAAUCGCCAUUCCUCACUUCCUCUUCCCACCGGUCAUCCAUCCACCCACCCAGAGCUCUCUGUCCCUCCAAUGCUCCAUCCCUCCAUUCCUCCUUCCAUCUUCCCACUCGUCCUACUCACCUUUCCAGCCAACAUUUUGAGGCAGCAGAAAAGAUUGCCCCUUACAUGGUGACCCCGAAAGUAAAGAAUGGACCAGCCAUUAUGAAUCAAUCACAGCUACAGCAACAAGCCUUCCCAAUCUACACUGGAACUCCAUUUCCCAGUAUCCUUCACUCCAGCAGGGGUCAAAAGAGGGGUUGCUACACUCCUCGACCCCUCCUCAAUCCUGCACGCAGGGGGAAGGGGCUGUACUCCUCCCUCCCAUAUCUCCAUCACAGAGAGGAGGAAACAGCAUGUGGAGAAAAGGAAGAAGAGUGUGGUGUUUUACCGCAUGUCAACGUAGGUCAUGAUUUCCAGGCAGAGCUUCCUUCAUGCUUUGUGGAUGGCAAGGGGUCAGGGGUAUGGUCACCAGAGGCGGAAUCUCCAAGGGAACAGUUGCUCUGGAAACCGUGGGACAAACUGGAGGAGAGUACCAACUUACAAGACCAAGUGGAAAAGCUGUUGUCCAUGUGUAGUUCCAGCUGCGUACCAGGAGGGGGCAGUAACACAGAGCUGGCGCUAUACUGUCUGCACUACUGUCAGGGGAACACAAUGGCCACCCUGGAGAUGCUGCUGUUCUCACAGCCCUUGCCAACAGGAGACUACCACUACUCUGGUAGUGAUUUUUGGACAGACAGUGAAAAAAGUCUUUUCAGUGCAGCUCUGGGAACUUAUGGAAAAGAAUUUUCACUCAUACAGAAAAUGGUGAAGACUAAGACCGUGUGCCAAUGUGUUGAAUUUUACUACCUGAGCAAGAGGCUCCUGGACAAGCAGAAGAAACAGAAGGAGGAGGAGAACAGAAAUGGAGAGAUGGAGCAGCAGAAAAGUAUAACACCCAUCUGUCAGCCAGUGGACAGACCGUUUGGACUGGAGGAGGCGGUUCCUGCGCCCUCAUUGGCCAGCUUCUUCCCCUGCAAGCUGUGUGGCAAGAUGUUCUAUAAAAUCAAGUCCCGUAAUGCUCACAUGAAGAUCCAUCGCCAGCCUCAGGAGGAUUGGACCGACAGGCGGCUGCAGCACCAGCUCCUCACCCAGCGUCUGGCUCUCAGUCAUCCCACCAACCUCAUGCCCAUCCCAGGCAGUAAUUUGCUCCCGCCCCAGACCUUUUCCUCCUCUGGCCUCGCUGGAACGCCAAGCAACAACAGCAAUGCAGACAAUGUCCUCAGCUCUGUAGCCAACACUCCCAGCAAUGCCAGUGUCCUGCAUCCCACCACCGUGGUAACAUAUAGCAACAUCGCUGCUUCAAACUCUCACGUAAUCACUAAUAUUGAUGGUGGUGACUCAAAUCAAAGAGAGCCCACCACUGUCUUACCUUUCCACCAGUCUUGGGGCUCAUUUGGACAUGGUCCUGACCCCAUUACCUUCUAUUGCAACACAGAAGGGAAAGACGAUGUAGGAGCUGGGACAGUGGGGGGAAAAGAGCCAAUCAACUGGCAGUAGUGUUUAACUCUCCCAAAAGCAUUACUAGAACUGAGGUCUAAGACUCAUCAAAGCUGUUUUUUCAUACAAAUUAAAUUCUAAGUUCAGUAUAUUUUUCAAACAUAUUUUAAGAAAACAUGAUCAUUUUUUGUAUGUUUUUGUUGUAAUUUGUGUAAUUAAAUGUGUCACAUAUUUAAAUGUUUCUUAUGCAUUUAACAUUUGAAUAAAAUUUGGAACCUUACGGCUGUU